CCUCAACUUCAACUUCAAGUUCAACUUCAAGAGCAGAGCAGAGCAGAGCAGUGCCAGCUUUGCUAUGAGUCAUGUGUCAAAGAUCAAUGCAACUUGCAAGGCUGAGCAGUGAGGAGGGCGGCAAUUCGGACAAGGCGCUUGAACAGGCACUUUAGUCUAUCCAUAGAUCCUCCGACGUGCUUUGCAACUUCAAGAGGCUUGGAUAGCCAAGAAGGCUGGAGCGAAUUUUGCAGCCCAGCUUUGAUUGAUUUGCCCUUCUUUUCAGUUGAAAACCUGACGCUAGCGCCAAGCUUCCAAAAUGAGCGAAUCCGACCGCUUGUAUGGUUUCAGGAACAACUUCUAUCUGGGAGCCUAUCAAGCCCUUGUUGACGACCAUGAGAUCGAGGGUUUGACUGAGUCAGAGGUCCUUGAGCGUGACACAAUUUUGCACCGUUCAAAUAUAGCCCUGGGAAACCAUCAAGUUGUUCUGGACUCCAUCAAGCCGUCCUCACCAACAGCGUUUCAAGCCCUGCGGCUGCUCGCUCUCUACCUCUCUGAUCCAACAAAGAAGGAGGAGGCUGUGGAGGCCAUUCAGGACCUGCUUUCAGAUCCUGCCACCGCGAACAACAUAACACUGAUCUUAGCUGCCGCAUCGAUCCUGAGCCAUGAAGGCAACUAUGCUGACGCCCUAAAGUUCACACAUGCGUCUACCAACCUGGAAGUGCAGGCUCUCAACGUGCAAAUGUAUCUGAAAAUGGACCGGCCCGACGCCGCUGAGAAGCAGAUGAAGGCCAUGCAGGCUAUUGACGAAGAUCACACCCUAACGCAGCUGGCAAACGCAUGGGUUGACCUGGGCCUGGGUGGUUCGAAGAUCCAGGAUGCCUACUACAUCUACCAGGAGCUGUCCGAAAAGUUCCUCCAGACCUCAUACCUCCUGAACGGCUCUGCUGUGUGCAACAUCCACAAGGGGAACUUCGAGGAAGCUGAGAGCUUGCUCCAAGAGGCCCUGCAGAAGGAUCCGAAAGAUGCUGACACCUUGGCUAACCUGGUGGUCGUCGAACUUCACCUUGGCAAGCCUGCCACGAAAUACCUAAGCCAACUGAAGACGGCAGCGCCAUCUCACGUCUUGGUUAAAAAAUUGCAGUUGAGGGAAGAAAGCUUUGACCGGGCUGUUCAAGCAUAUGCCUAAAAGCUGGCCUAAUUGUCGUCUUGAGGCAGAAGGUCGCACUUUUCGAACUGCACAUCAUAUCACGAUACUGAAACAUUGUCUUUCAAACGCACAUAGAAGAUGCACAUGAUGUCACAAACAAUGAGAUAACGUCAAUCAAAUUCUAACUGUUCAACUGCCUGCUCUGACAAAGCGACGGUCUCACCUGUUACGCGCUUAAUAAGUUAGCAUGGCAAUGCUUAUUUAGAUUUGAGCCUCUGUGUUGUCCGUUUUCAAAGGCUGUUUCCAUAUCGCGGGC